AUGAGCAGACGAUCCGUGGUCCGAGUAAAUCUCAACGAGGAUGCAUUCCGAAAAGCUCAAGAAGACGCGGCCAGAGAGAGAGCCGCUAAGGAGGCAGCGCUGCGGAAGCCAAAGUCACCUUCACCUAGACCAAGGUCUAAGCCUGGAGCUAAGGAGGGGAUACGCGCUAGGGCUUUGUGUGUUCUUGUGAAGAAGCCUAGAACUACUGGCAAGGCAAAGAUGGGGGGCAAGCAACAGCAAAAGAACAACACAAAGAAAACAAAGGGUGGCAGAGUAGCAAAGAACAGCGGAACCAAGGGUAGAAAGGUCAAGAAGGAGGCAGACGUGGCUGCUCACGAUUCGGAUGACAGUGAGUUGGGAAGCACCGAGAGUAUCACGACAGCAGAACCUGCUGUGCCGGCUACAAAGAGAAAGCAGGCUACCAAGGCUAAGGGGAACCGGACUACCAAGGCCAAAGCUACUACGACGAAAGAGAAAAAGAAGACUCUAUCGCCCAAAAGAGAACGUGUUGUCAAAUUCCGUACCAACGGAAAGUCACUUUCGAUUGAAUCGUCUGGGGAGGAGGGCCUCGUUGAGUGUGAGGAUAUGGAUGAAGAGGGUGAAGACAUGACAUACGCGAACUGGGUAUAG